UCCAGUCGAGGACGGCCUCUCCCGUGUACAGCGUGCGACUGUGUUCCAAUAAUUUUACACAACGAACAAGCCCGCACGGCAUCGAAUACAAUUUACUAAAUAUACUUUAGUAACAAUUAUCAUAACUCACCAUCAUUUAUGACAAUGUACACGACUCCGGGUCUGGCCAAUCUCAGGAACUGUUGUCUUGUGUCUUGUGAUGAUUUUUUCAACGAUUAAUUUGAACUUGAUCACUCAUUGUCAGGCAACGAGAAUUCGCGCCAGUGCCGGUUGCGCAGAAAACUUGAAUAUUUUCCUCAGAGGAAUAGAGGAAAAAAGUUUAUUGUUUCUCAUUCAAAUACCGUGAGCACACAAAAUUCAAUCGUGUGUUUAUUUUUUUGUGAGACAAACUCAUUUCGGAGAAAUAAAUACUUCGGGUGUUUAAUUAACUUCCACGAGCCACUGGCCAAAUAUUUGAAGUUCCGUUAUCCGAUAUUGUCGGAGAAAUACCUGAAAUAGUUUGAGUGAUUAAUAUAACAGUGCAUCCCCGUCAUUGACAUUUUUUCUCCCUCUUGGAUUACUUCAACACAAACACAGCAAAAUGCCGGUACCAGUGUGGGACUCACCAGACAUUGGUCUGCUCGAGGAGCCACUGGACACUGUCCUGUCGGACGAUAUAUGGAAAAAGUUUGACUUGGAUACACCCCUCGAUAUGUACACACAUCAUCACGAUUGUACAUACGAGGAUAAUGUACAAUCAGAACUGUACGGCAAAGAUAUAUGCUACGAAUCACGUAAAAUACGUCAUCACGAUUGCAUGUGGGCGGGACUAUGUAUAAGCAAAGAGCACAACAGGACACUGCCAGCUAAAAAGGACAGUCAGGUGCACAGAAGGGUGCCGGCUGGUCGUAGUUUAUUAAUAUCACGCGUAAAGCCCUCACAACAAUCACAACCACAGGCACAUUAUCAACAGCACAGGCGUAACGAUAGUUUAGAGAGUGAUGGUGAUUCAACGAGACCAGAAACACCACAGAGCUCAACAGAGUCUGAUACAGAGAGUGAGUGCGAUGCACCUAUAUUCAAACACGAUCAGAUCAGCAUCAAUGAGAAAUUGUCCGAGUGCAUGUCUAUGGCCAAGGCCGCGCCCGUUAGCGAGGUCACUGGACAGCUGGUAAGAAAGUGCCCAGAGAGGAGGAAGGUCGCGGUCGCUAGCACCAAUCACGGUAAUCCAUCAAGUACAAAUAUCGUUGCGAUGGAAACAGAGAUCAGAAAUACGUUGAGCGAUCACUGUUAUCACAUAAAUCAGCCAAAUACGAUGAGCAUGGAGAAUUUGGGAGUACAAACACCAUCAGAUUCUGAAGAGGAGAUUGACGUGGUGAACUUUGAGAAGCCAUGCAGACCGACAGUGUUACUGAGGCAUCCAAAUUCAACGGAGCAACAAGUGUUUCGACGGACUGGAUUUAAGGAGAAACCAGAGCGAAGACCACGCGGUAGACCGCGAAAGAUCGAGGAGGAUGUCAAUCAACCGAAGCAAAAGAUUAAGCAAGAGCAUGAUCCUGAGGAUCAAGAGCCAGAACCAGUGGCCAAGCGUCCCAAACAGCGUACAUACCAGCGAAAAACAAAGAUUCCAAAGAGUGGACCACCAACACCUAUGUCAUCGCCAAUGAAAUCGUCCUCAUCAUCAUCGAGAAGCUCAUCGGACGAUGAGCCAGAUAUUCAGAAGAGAAAUCUCCACAAUGAUAUGGAGAGACGGAGAAGAAUAGAUCUGAGAAAUGCGUACGAGGAUUUAAGGCGUUUGGUGCCGGAAAUUCAGGACAAAGAGAGGGCAGCUAAAGUUACAAUUCUACGACAGUCAGCCAAAUAUUGUUCUAUGCUCAAGGACAUUGACGAGAACAGUAUAUCGAGAAUAUCUGAGCUACGCAUGCGCCAGAAAAAAUUGUACAAGAGGCUCCAAGUGUUGAGAAGGUAUUUUGCACUGACUCGCUGAGGAGAUCCCCGAUUACUACUACAAUUUAAUCUUGACUUGAAAGUCUGGAAUUCUCAUAAAUUCACGUUAAAUAACAUCAAUAACAUUUUUUCCUUUGACUGUGUCUAACGCUGAGAACCAAAACCGACGCCUCACGAGGGCUGAAGAACGCACAACAACAGCAUGUCAAUCUGGUUUUUUGCUUUCAAGAAAAAAAAUGAGAACAAAAUGGUACACAACACAGAAAGGACGCCCGACCCGCUCGGAUUAUUUACGAAGAAGCCUAGGUGCAACUGAGUGAAGAGAGAAACAGAACGAGAGAGGGAGUGUAACACAUGAGAUAGCGCACACACUUGUCCCCAUCGACCAGUGGAUUCCACGGCCGUCAGACCCUAUUUUGAUUUAUUUCAUGCCUAUGCAAUUCUCCGAUUUUUCAUCGGGUCAUUCCAUCUUCUGCUGCCUAAUUUCCAUCGGUGGGGACUUCACCUCAUGAUUUACCGGUUGUCAGAUUAUAACUUGGGACACCAGCAGCCACGAAUCCACUGGAAAGGCCGAUAGCUAGGCUGGACCGGUUUGUAAGAUUCUUUCUUACUUUUUACCUGCAUUUACAUUGAUAUGUACGUAAUGCAGGUGGCCCUCUGACACUCGUCCAUUCUACUUACAUUUUUCCUCUUCAAACUCUGCUUCAUUCAAUGUCAUUAGAGUCUGCUUGUAGCCUAUCGAAAUGCCAAAGUCCAUAGUUGUGGAUUUUAGUUGAUUUGCAAUAUUGUGGAAGGGCAAAAGUGGAUUAUGCAGUUGGCGAGGUAAGAUGGGGCGCCUUGUACAUACUCUAUUUCGCGAUGUGUAAAUAUGAUUGAGUCAGAUGACAAUUGCGAGAUGAUGAAUUGUACUUUUGGACGAAAUAGUGUAGAGUUGAAAAUUGUAAUAAAACGCGUGAUUUUGUUUUACAGAUUCUUGUUAGAUAUCUUAAUUACAAUUUUUGCAUAUAUAUACCUCUAAGUACACUAAGGGAUGUAGGAGAGUAGACCUGAAUGAGUUGGUACGAUCGUUCGGGGAUCUGAACUCAAGAAGAAACACUCAAUUGUAGAUUAUGAAUUAAAUAACAGGACAGAUUUCCAAGUUGAUGCGAUAAGUGUAAAUAUAUUUUUUCUACGUUAUAAAAAAAAAUGAAGAGUGAAGUGUGAAGGAAGGACGAUAGAGAUAUUUGAAAUGCAGUUUUCAUAACAAACAUCCAAAGUUUAAUCUGAGAUAUAGUUGAAAUAAAUCAUCUAUUUUUGUUCUUUACUUUCGGGACAUUCAAGUUUCUGUUGGCUUUCAUACGAUCGUACAACUCACAUUAUUCAUUUAUUCGUAAAGAGUUUUAUAAGUAUGAUAUACAUGUGGUUGAGCCACAGUUGAAUUUAAUUUGUGGUUUGUUUAUAAUUCGGAGGAAUAGCAGUCGCUGUGCGAUCGCUGCUCUUUCUUUCUUGAAUAACUUCAAAAUUCUUGAAGGCAUUCAAACACGUAUAUACUUCUAAGGUAGAAUAACUAUUGAAUAAUUUCAUAGUUGUAUGGCGUACAGAGAUACAGCCGUAGCCUCCAUAGUGAUAGAGAAUGAAAAUGAAAAUGGUGGUAAAAUAAGAGAUGAGCUUUAAGAUUUCAUUCGUCAGGUUUAUAUUUUAUCAUUUGUUCGAAUUAUUCGGGAAAUCUUUAUAAUGCACAUCUCUCCGGGCCGUAUCAUAUGUUUCAUGCGCCCUUUAUCCUUCAGAUUUGUUCAUUCUUUCACUUCACUCCCUCGAAUUCAAUCCUGGAAAGUAGUUUGUUUCGGAUUUGCGUUGAGAAAGUUAUUGAGAUAUAUUUCGUUGAUAUUACUGAGCUUCGAAUUUGCUAUAAAUUGCUCCUUUUCAGUUUGAAUGUAGUUAUUGAUAUGAAAGUUAAAAAAAUUGAAAAUACGAAUUUAUGGUGGAAAAUUUAUAAUCCUUCAGCCUCGACUUUCGGCGUUUUUUUUCUUCCAAAAUCAUUAUGAAAUUAAUUUGUUUUUCAUUUACGUUUUGUUUCUUUUAUUAUUAUUUUUUCAUUAUACUUCAAAUUUUACGUUGCAUGGCAACCGGAAGCCAUUGGACUUGGGUCAGUUCAUCGAACCUGAUGCGUGUAAACGAGUUGAAUAUCUCGUUUGGUAGAACCGUAGGUGUUCUGUAUGUAGACACCAACUGAUCUUGGGGUCUUCCGUGUGCUUGCGCGGCCAGGAAUUACGUUUUAACCGUGUACACAUAUUAACAAAACGAACGUAUGAAGUUUUCUUUUUUUUUAAACGUGUAUAGGUUUAUGCAUGUAUGAAGUAUAUAUGUUAUAUAUAUAUAUAUAUAGAUUAUAUAUUGGAAAAAUAUGGAGAAAAAACAAAACAUGAGAAAAAUUACAGUGGUAAAAUACUAAAAAUUGAAUAGAUAAGUGUGAUAACCUUAUUAUUGUUAUAUGAUUUCAGUUGUUUCUUACCAUUUUUAUUUGCUUUCGUAAUUCUUUAUACGACUUUAUCAAUAUUAUUAAUUAUAAUUAAUGUGUAGUUAUCGACGCAUAACUACGAACCACCGAGAAAAAUAAAGAGUCAGAAGUUUCAAUAUUGUAAAAACAUAAACGAUGAAGUCACUACCUUAUCUCAAUCUAUUAAUUAACGAGUGGGAAAAAGAAAUUUUCGCAAAAUUCUUAAUAAUUCGUUUGAAAGUGGUUCGUAUUGCGAGUGAGUAUGAGAUACGGGUGAGAGAAAAAUAGGAGGGGGGAGGGGGAGAAACUAAAUGUGUUCAUUACAGUUGUAUGUAACAGUAUUCGUUUAUACAUACUUUUACAAGUGAGAAAAGAAGGGAGACAAAUAAUGCAAAAGGGAAAUACAAAAAGUAACAGUUUGAAAGGGGAGAGGGGAGAAAAAAGAAAAGAAGGGACAGGGGAGAAAAACGGUGAACUAGGAGAAAGGGAGGCUGCAUACCGUUGAGAAGGGGAAUGGAAGAAAAAAUACAAGGAUAAAAAGAAACGAAACGGUAGAAAGAAAGAGGCAGUGAAUACAAUAGCAUUACCGGCAAACAGGAAACUCUAGGUAGCAGUACAAUAGUCUAGCGGAAAGACGGGCGACUAGUGAGAAGUUAAGAGAUAGAAAAUUGUGCAUGUGUAUUAUUCAGAAAGAGAGGAAAUGAUGAGGGUAAAAGUGCUUGAGUUUAUGAAUGAACGUAAAAGUACGAACCUUUUUUUUCUCUAUCUUUUCUCCUUCUUUUUUUUUUUUUUUCAUUUUCAAAUAACCGUAGUGUUGAUUCUAUGUGCGUGAGAAGACAGGAAAUAAUGUCGUUGGUAUCUUAUUAUCGGAAGAAUAUAUACGUACAGUGGAUAUAAACACGAGUUAAGAACUAAUUAACAAUACGAGGAAACCUGAAUCGCGAUUUGAGUGCUUCACGUAGCGAGAUUGUUAGUGCGUCGGCAAGCACCGUCCACUCGUGGAUUGUUAUCGGUGUCCGGAAAUUCGUUCUGCCAGUGUGUCGACAGCUUUACAUUCAGUGGUAAAAAAUUUUUUUUUUUUAACAUUACUAGUUUAUGAAAUAUCGUGAGCUUUCCACGAACUGAAUGCCGAAGUAAAGUCUAAGCCAGCGAUAGCAUUUCAAUGAAUUGACAUUCUUAUUCUAAUAAUUAUUCAAUUGAAGGUUGAUGAAGAAACAUCAAGCAUUUUUUUAUAAUUCAUUUUUUCACGGGUUUUCUACACUUUUUGUAUUGGAUAGAAUUUGAAUCGUGCUUUAUUGUACCGAAGGCCGCGUUCCAGUACUGAGUAAUAAACAUUUUUUAUGUGAAUUUUAAGGCUUGUACAAAAUUGAAGCAUUUACAUUUCCGAAAAUAUAACUUGUGCGUUGCUCAAAGUGUUUUAUUCACAUAACAUUGCAGUUAUUAGAUCAAUUUCACUACUCGAGAAUCUUCAUUUCUCAUUGAUUCAAUUAAGAGUGCCAAGAAUGGGAACUGUAAUAGGAGAACAUUGGAAUGAUAGUUCGAGUGAUCGCCGCUACGUCUCUUUUCUCUUCCCUCCCGCUUUUACCGGUGGAAAAUGUACUCAUUAUUUUGUCCCUGAUUUUUUUUCUCAUCUAAUUUUCACGGCAAUAGUCCAUGAAUCCUUUCAAUACAAAAAAAUUUCACACAAAUAAUCGUCAUUCCGGAUUGUUUGUGAGAAUAAAAGGGGAAAAAAAUUAACACCGUCAUCGAAAACAGCGAUCUGCAGUAUGAAUGUCUUCUUCCAUCGAUAUAAAAAAAUCGUUCACUGAUUGAUGUAUCGAAAUAAUCAAGAUUGCCUUUCAAAUACUUUACAACUUCUCUUUUAUAGUCAUUCGAUUAUCACGGGGUGUCUUUGGAUUCACUCGAAUUUUUUAAAAAUCAAUUAGCAUGAAAUUUUCCAAAGGUCUCAUACACGUGCUGCUGAUCGCCGUUAAUGAUGAUUUUCUUCUGGAAGAGUGCAAACGUACCUGUUAGCCACAUAGACAUUGAUAUAAAUUGAUAGUUAUAAUAAAUGAAUAGUGGAAGAAAAAUUAAGUAAUUAAUCAAGGGGGAAAAAGUAAAAUCUAAACGGUCGGUGUAAUGUCAACGUUUUUUUUAAGAUUGUAGAAUUAGAUCAACAAUUCGGUUGUGUUAAAUUGCUCGUCAAGUUUGGCGUUUUAUUCUGCGUUUAAAGUGAAUUACCUGUUUAUUUUUAUUUUUUCAUUACGUUAUCCUUAUAUUUUUGAUUCGUUGAAAAUUGAAUGGAAUUAUUGCUUUUCAAAACGACCUAUUAUUGCUUCAUCGCUAAACGAAAUUAAUUUCGAGUGCACCCACGUGUCCUAGUUCGAGAUCAAAUUUUUCAUAAAGUUAUUCCUUCCUUUUCAUUUAUUCAUUGUAAUAAUUACACUCAUGUUUGGUUUUGAUUUAUUGGUAUAUAUGAAAACGAGACGUUAUUGGAAACAAUUAAUCAUUUCGAAAUAUGAUCGAGAAAUGGGUGUGGGAUGCGCGUUAAAAUUACGUUGAGGCUGGGGAAAAAAACCCUUUUUUUCAUUAAAAGUGCAGUUUUGCCACCUUUUGUAAAUAUAUUAUAAAAGAUUUAAUGAGUUAAUUAAGCAUUAGAUUAGUAAUGAUAACAAUGCUUAACGUUUAAGAGAAUAAGAUAAGUGAUAGAUGAAAAAACGUCGAGGUUUUUCAAGCAUAUGAAUGAUUGACAUAUAAUAUUAGGUUUUUUAUUGAGAGCAAAACAAUAUUUUAUUUAAUCCUUUAUUUUUAUACAUUGUAAGAGCCGAGGAACGGGCCUGAUUAUAGAUAGAUACAAAAAUUGAUUCGGAACUAAAAAAAAAAGAAAAAAAACAGAAUAAUGCAAAGAAAAUUAUCAAUAUGAAUGUAAAAAUAAAUACAAUGAAUUGGUAUAGCCAAUGCUUGGCAUAAAAAUCGAAUACAACAUAGGAAUUCAAAGCAAAUUGAAAAUACGAAAUAAUGGAACUGCGAUACAUCAGACUACAUUGUAAAAGGAAUCGUGUGAAGUCCAUAUCAGAGAGGGUUUGAAAUAUCCACAAAAGGCAGUUUUUUAUCCAAUUCCUCACCCUCUUUUGUCUGGAGUUGGCACCAUGUUUUUUUACAGUGUAUAGAAUCUCUUAUUUUUGUAAGAAAAAAGUAUUACAGAAAAAUAGCCGGAAAAAAUACAGCAAAAGGAGAAAGAAAAUGUUGAAAAAAAAAUGUAACAUUCGUUUUAACUGACAACUGACAAUACCUGGGCUGAUUUGUUGUUCUUGCAUUAAGAUAUCUCGACGUUUCGGUUAAAACGAAAGAAAAAUACCCCAGAGACUUAGUUGCUUUAACGGAACAGGCGAUUGUUCCUCUUAUGCUCAGUCAUAUAAAGCCUCUGAAAAUAAAAUGCCAAUUAAAAGUAAACAUUUCGUUGAUUAUUGUGCCUAUUUUUUACACUUAUUCCUCCCUCUUAAAUACAAAUGAAGGUGAUUUUUCUUCACGACUCACGUGAGAUGGAGCAAUCGUACUCCCGACUUUACUGUACCUAUUGCUCCAUGAUAACCAGGAAAAUGUACAGAUGUAAUUUCAACGAAUUGAAUUCCAUGAUAACAUAGCAAGACUGGAUAGAUAUCAAUAUUGUUUAGUCAAUUCAUUAUGCUUUUAAAAAUCCGUUUCCUCAUGAUGUAACCUGUGUACAGUCGAGCAUUAAAGUUCGUAAACAGAAUACAUAGAAUGCAAGUUCAGGCUGUUCACGAACUUUAGUGCUCACCUGUACACCUCUAUUCAAGCAUCAAUGAGUCAUGACGUCGUGAUUGGUGAUCAAUAAUCCAUCAAUAGCUAAUUGUCGACAAAUCGUUUUCCUCAAACCUUCACGAAAGUUUUGUAUUUUAUUGUGCAGGUAUGAUGAAACAAGGGUGGAAAAAAAUCAGUUGAGGAGACCGAAAUUUUCGCCCUAAUUGCACAGUAUAAUAUGCGAAAUAUAAAGAAAAAAAACAAACAAUAAGAAUUAUAAAUGCAUGGGUGAAGGUUGGAAAAAAAGUAUUUGUCCUGGAAGUUUAAGAUGAAGAAAAAACAAAUGAUACAGCUAGGAGUAAUCAAUCGUACCUCUAUUUACUGCUGUAAAUUUUUCGAUGCCCAACAUAUAGAUAAUUUUUACAAAAUAAAAUUAAUCUAAAAUUGUAUACAAAAAAAUGAGAAAUAAGUGCUUCUCGUGUAAAAUAAUGGGAAAAGUCUUGAAGGUUUCAAAUGGAGUGAAGGGCUAUCGUUGGUUUCAAUUUCAUAUUAUUUCAGUAUGAAGAUAUUUUUUUGGAAUUAAUUUCCAAUUGCAAAAAUAAAAGAGACAAGCCGAAUUUUUUUUUAGUUGUACUUAAAAUAUUGUUGUUAGUACAUGAAUUUUGUAGAGUGGUCGAGUCUUUCAAGUUUCCAGACGAGACACGACUAUUGGUGAAAAUAAUGAAUAAGUAGCGAUGAAAGCUACGAAACAAAACUUUUAAGAAUCGAUCCUACUCCGAUGUACGCUAGGUCGAUUGCUCUUAGUUUCUCGCACUUGUGACACUUAGUGAAAUUGGGAAGUGCUCGAUUGAAUCGUCUCUUGACGGCGUUUCUCGUAGAAAGGCAUAUAUAUUUGUUGUGGACAUAAAAAGUGAAAAAAAGUAAAAAGCGAAUAAAUUUUUUUUUAUCUAAAAUGCGCAUUUUAUUAUCUUUAUUGUACGUUUUUUAAGAGAGAGUAAAGGGUCAGACAGUUCCUUGACGUUUCUAUUUCAAAAUAUAUUACUAUAUCAAUAAAGUGCUGUACAAUUUA